AUGUUGACGAGGUAUUCACAACGGCAAGCCAAGUCACAUGGAAGUACGUCGUCCAACCUGCGCCUCUGCCCUCGUUGCGGCCGAGCCUUUGAACGUACCGAGCAGUUGGAACGCCAUAAUAUCGAGGCAUCGAAGGAUAGGUAUUAUUAUUAUCACCAAAGUCUUGGGAUGAUUGACAUCAUGUAUCAGACACCAAGGAGACGCCGUAUGCAUGCUGUCACUGUGGAGCUGCCUUUGCCAGGCGUGACCUUCUCACACGACAUGAGCGACACUUCCGCCGCCGAUACCUCGCCUUCCAAUGACGUUGGACACACGGCGCAGGUCGUGGCAGCUGGUGAUGACUUGGCGGCUGCGGUGCCGCUGUCGGGACUCGGUGUAGUCUUCAUCAACCACAGCAGCAGCAGCAGCAGCAAACGGCACAAGAGCAACAACAUCAAGUUGUGGAACAGGACCAGGAACACCGAGGAGGAUGUACCGACACCAGGCUGUGAAGUAUGA